ACGGAAUCUAUAAGAAAUUGGUUGUUUCCGUUGUGCCAUAUCCAGUGCCGAUAAACUUUACACGCGUUGAUCGCAACUAGUCGUCCUUGUAAUUACUGACUUGACUUUGAGAGCUGUGCUCCAAUUCGCUUCUUCAGGGCUGGUCUACCUCGCAUAUCAAUAAAUCCGUGUGCUACUGUGCGUUUGAUUACGCUCGGGAAUUCUCUUUACAGAAUCUAGUUCUAUAUCAACCGGUCCAAUAAUCAUGAGACUAAACGGGCUCACUGUUUUCUCAACUUUGGCGCUGUCGGCAUGUCUGUCGCAUGCGGCCUCUGUGAACGAAGCGGCCACGUCCCUACGAAGUAUCUCGAAUGCGGGCGUUGCAAUCCAGAGCGAUCGCGUCAGUGACAAUGCUGUUGUAGACAACAGCGCCAAUGUGGUUGAAGAAAAUGAGAACCAAGACGACGAAAUAGACAAUAAUGAGGAAGAGGAGGAGGAGGCUGAAGAAAAUGACGAGAAUGGAGAGGAAAAUGUAGACGAGAACGAAAACGAAGGGGAAAAUGAGAAUGUUGACGAAAACUUGGACCAAAAUGACAACAAGAACAAUGACAACAACAACGACAACAACAACGACGACGCGGAGAACAAUAAUAAGGACGACUUGAACAACAUCGGCCAAUUCCUCAACGGCAGCCUGGGUGACGGCUUCAACGACAUCUUAAUCGAUCCGAACGAUAUCCAAGGUAGCCUAGGGCAGAAUAUUCUCAACCUCCUACUCUCAAUGGGAAUCUGCAACUUCAACAUUGGCAGCCUCGGCGGUCUUAGCCUUGGUAACGAGAUUCAGCUACUUCUCCAACUUCAACAGCUACAGCAACUCCAGGCGCUCGGCAUUGUCAAUUCAUUCACAAUCGACCAAUUGAUUCAACGAGAGAUCCUGUCUAAGACAUUCAACCUGAAUAUCAUCAAACGAAGUAUCAAUGCGUCCGUUAAACAGGCAGCUCGCAGCAGGAAGCGCACAGUUAUGCUAAAACGACAGUGCGCAAAUGCCGGACAAUCACAACGUGGUGCGAGUGAGAAGGCGUGAACCAACUAAGCUGCUACAUCAGUACGAUGUAAAAGUUCAGUGGUAGAUUCGGGGGCAGAGGUGGAAAUUAAUUACGAGCUACGGAAGACCGUGAACAGUUGCCUCGCAUCAAUUAAUAGACGUUUAACACUAUUCAUUGAUGUUGGGAACUGCUCGCUCCACAGUGAUCAUUGAUCACAUUGAAAUCAAAGUUACCAUAUAGGCAAUUGGGUGGGAAUAGCUUGCCCUGGUAUCUAUAGGUUUUAGAAAGCGAUUUAUAUGUUGUUUCGUCACAAAACCGGAUGUUUUUCUCUUCUUUUGUGUCAUCGUGGCACAUACGUAUUAUGUAGCCUAGCUAAGAAUUCGUUCAUAUUGGAGAAAUUGAGUACAAUGGCCUGGCGAGCAUAG